AUGGAACUUCCAAGAGCAUCUGUUGAUAAGCAGCAGCACAAAAUCAAGUCAAUCUCGAGUGGGAGACAACACUUCUUGGCUCUCGACGAUAGCGGUACCGUAUUUACUUGGGACAGUGGAAAUUCAGAUUGGAAGGUUGGCGUAGCAUUGACAUUUCCAGGUCUUCUGGGUAAAAUUACAAAAAUUUUUGCUGGCUGGAAUCUUUCUGUCUGUUACAUGGUGAGCGUUGGACUUGUGGUCUGGUGUUCCCGUGAACCUGUUACUGAGGAGCAAUUCGAAGUCGGUACGAAUCAGGCUACAGCGAACUAUGUAGUCAUACCUGACCUGUGUCUGAUUUCUGAAUUUAUUGCUUUAAGUGACUGUGUUAUCUUUCUGCACCAACAAGGGGGCCUUUUCCGUUUUGAUAUCAAUGCUAGUUCUGCUGCAGCAGGUACGUACGAGCUUUCACCGGCCUAUCCGAUCAUCAAUUUCAAUCGCUGGCUUUCGAGAUUCAACAAAGUGAAUGAUUGUGAGGCUGUGUUCACUAAAUUAAGCGGCUGCUACGAAUCAUUUGCGGUUUUUUCCAAUCAUGGACUGGUCCUUCUUGGAACUAAGUCAAACUCAGUGGAGGAUAGUACAGAUCACCCCGUAGUUAUUCCUGAAUUACAGAAUAAUGGUGUUAUUCAGGUUGUUAUAGGAGAUUAUCACUAUAUGGCACUAACUGACUCAGGGGAAUUAUUGAGUUGGGGUUUAGAACUGAAAUCUCAAGGCUGCUUAGGUUUGGGUGAUCUUUCACAUCGGAGCGAUGGAAGUGCUGUCCUGGAAGGACAUAGUAGUAGGGUUUGUAAACCUGAGCGAGUUCCCAAGCCUUCAGCUAAUGGCAAAUGGAUGGCUGCUGUUGCUGCGGGUUGGCAUUCGGGAGGUUUAUUUGUUCCUGGAACUGAAUAA